AUGUCUGAAACAGAAAUCAAGAAGCCACAAGAAGAAGAAGCAUCAUCAGCUACUACUACAACUUCUUGGCCGGAUAUCGAACAGGAACUCGUGAUCCCCGAGGUUUUACAUAGCGAAGGCGUCAAGAAGCUUCACAAGAGCAUUCAAACCGAGUGGGAUUACCUUCAGAAAUCUGCUUGUCAAACAGCUGCAGGGAGAGCUCUCUGGAAACAUGUCAUCAACGAUCCCCUCGCUCACUUGUUCGCUGGAGAAACACAUUUGAGAAACCUCCACAAAAAGAUUCAGACCGACCUGCUCAACAAUGCUCGAGAGGUCUCUGGUGUGAUUCUUGCCGUUCGUACCCUCUGGUUCGACUCAAGGAUCCAAGCUGCUCUUGAUUCUUUCCACAGUGAUGAUGAUUCCUCGCAAGUUGUUCUUCUUGGUGCAGGAAUGGAUGCAAGAUCAUACAGACUAAACUGCUUGAACAAAAGCGACGUAUUCGAAGUGGACUUCCCCGAUGUCUUGCAAGCGAAGACGAGCCUAGUCCAAGCUGCAGUGGAAUCAAGAAACGAGCUGAAGAUGACGGCGAGGUCACUAGUGAGAGCAGCGAUCGAUAUCAGAGACGAAGACUGGUUCGAGAAGCUCAAGAAGUCCGGUUUUCAACCAGAGAUCAACACUGUGUGGGUUCUUGAAGGCAUUCUCUAUUACCUCUCUCACACAGAGGCAAUGCAAGUACUAAACCUCAUAGCUGACAAGUGUGCAGUGACCAGCACUGUUCUCUUAGCGGAUUUCAUGAACAAACCGUCCGCUACACUCCCGAACUCGGUGUUCCACUUCUACAGUGACUGGCCUGAUCAGCUGUUGCCAACUCUGGGGUUCUCUAAUGUCAAGCUUUCACAGAUUGGUGAUCCGGAUGCGAACUUCGGCCUACUGCAUGAUCCGCUCAAUCUCUUUAGCAAACUUCUUCGCUUGCCGAGGUCUGCGCUGGUCCAUCCAGAUGAUGGAACACCGUGCUGCCGGUUGUAUUUGGUCGAGGCUUCUGGCUCACCGCCUCCAGAUAGUUCCAUAGAGAACCAUUUGUGA